UGUUAUGGCGUGUUGGAAGCUUACCCAGUAAAAUAACCUUCUUAUUCCAUGUAAAUAAACUUAAUGUAAAAUUUGUUUAUUUUCAAAUAUAAGUCAUUUAUUGAAGACAAAUUUUAAAGUAUGAAUAUAAGUAUAACAUGAGUUCAAACGGUUUGAAAGUGUUAAAAAAAAAUAAUCCAUAUCCACAGGGUAUGCGAUGUCAGAAAUGUCUAGAAAUGGGUCAUUGGAGUUAUGAAUGUAAGGGCAAAAGAAAAUAUUUACACAGAUCUUCACGCACUUCUCAGUUGAAAAAGGCUUUAAAAAAGCAGGAAGAAUCUAAUGGUGAAGAGCAAAAGAAAGACGUAAAGAAGAGCCGCUUACAGAAAAAAAUGAAAAAAGAAUCUAGCAGUUCCAGUGAUACAAAUUCUAGUGCUGACAGUAGUAGUUCUAGUAGCAGUAAUGAUAGCAGCAGUAAUAGUUCAUCAUCAGAUAGUGAAUCAGACUCUAGUGAUAGUGUCUCGAGCAGUAGCACUGGUAGUAGUAGUAGUAGUAACAGCAGUAGUAGUAGUAAUCAUUCUAAAAAGAAAUAAUAUUUAUGCUACAUAUAUAAGUAAUACAAUGUUUUAACUAUACAAAUAUAUUUUUUGUUUAUUCUGUAAAAUAACAGUUUUAUAUUUUCACAAACAUAUUCUCUUUGAAUAAUUUUAGAUAAGAUACAAAAACCUUAUAAUAUAGUACACAUCAAUUUUUUAAAUAUUUAUGAACUAAUUUACUGAUAUACUAUAAAUAUAUGUACGAUAUUUUUUGUAUAAAAUUGAAGUAACUGAAGUACUUAAAUAUAAAAUACAUUUUAAAUAAUAAUUUAUAUGAUGCGCGUUGUAAUACAAUUUUGUUACUUAUAAUACCAAUAACCUGUUAGUAUAUUUAGGCACAACUGAAGAAAUAAGAAUUUUUUAAGAAUUUUUUUAUAACGCAAGUAUUUAUUACAAAAUUGAAAAUAUUAAAUAUAGAUAUUAAAAAUAAUAAAAUAUUAAUUUUUAUUACACUAUUACGUCAAUGUAUAAUUUACUGUAAAAAUUAUGUCUGUAUAUCAUGAUGUAAAUAAAGUUGUAACUUAAUUCAUUUUA